AUGUCCCAGGCCCCCAGGGACCCCCUGACGGCGCGGACAUUGUUCGUCAAGAACCUUAACUGGAGCAUCUCCGGCGCGGACCUGUACGACCUGUUCGGCAAGUACGGUCCCAUCCGUCAAGUGCGGAUAGGCAACAACGGCGAGCUCAAGACCAAGGGCACCGCAUAUGUCGUGUAUGAGAGCCCAGACGACGCCAAGGAGGCCAUCAACCACCUGAACGGUUUCCACCUCAUGGAGAGGUACAUUGUCGUGCUCUACCACCAGCCCUCGAAGCAGCAGGCCUCGGCGGUCGCAAAGGCUGAGAUCCGCGCGCGCGAGGCGGAGCUGGUGGCCGAGAAGAGGCGGUUGGGUAUGGAGGACUAG